AUAUCUGGAGGCAAUUUUGCAACACUAGGGACAGCUCACCAAAAAAAAUUAGCUGCUGUGAUUUUGUUUUACAAUUUUGGUUUAAAUUUUUACAUUUUUGUUUGGCGGAUAGCGCGAGUGCGAGUCAAGUGCGCAAUUUCCAUGCAAAAGUGCAAACGGCAGUGAAAAGUACACACACAAAAACGGCACGACUAGCAAAAACGAGUUCGACGUCUUGUUGUAGUUGGAUUUUCCAGCCACCUUUCGACUAGAUUGUGUGAAAAAUUCCGUAGCAUUCAAUAGCUCCAAAAUGGUGGAUAAGUUCAUCAGCAUGUGGAAAGUGCGCGAAUUGGCGGACAAGGUCACCAAUGUCGUGAUGAAUUACACGGAGACGGAGGGCAAGGUGCGGGAGGCCACCAACGAUGAUCCUUGGGGGCCCACAGGACCACUCAUGCAGGAGUUGGCAUACUCAACCUUUUCCUACGAGACAUUCCCCGAGGUGAUGUCCAUGCUGUGGAAGCGAAUGCUGCAGGACAACAAAACCAACUGGCGACGCACCUACAAGAGCCUCCUCCUGCUGAACUAUUUGGUGCGGAAUGGCUCCGAGCGGGUGGUGACAUCCUCCCGGGAGCACAUCUACGAUCUGCGCUCGCUGGAGAACUACACGUUCACCGACGAGGGCGGCAAGGAUCAGGGUAUUAAUGUUAGGCAUAAGGUACGAGAGCUUAUAGACUUCAUUCAGGACGACGAUCGGUUGCGUGAGGAGCGCAAGAAGGCGAAAAAGAACAAGGACAAGUACAUCGGCAUGAGCAGCGAUGCCAUGGGCAUGCGAAGCGGUGGCUACAGCGGAUACAGUGGAGGCGGUGGAGGAGGCGGCGGCAGCAGUGGUGGCUACAAUGAUGGUGGCGACUACCGCUCAGGUCGUGGAGACAAUUGGUAUUCCGACAAGAACGCCGACAAGGAUCGGUAUGAGGAUGAUGAUACUCACUACGAUGGAGAGCGCGAGGGAUCCGACAGCGACUCACCCAGUCCAAGACGUAACUAUCGCUACAAUGACCGCGCCAGUCCCGCCGAGGUGGCCAGCGAGGCCAAGCCUUCCAGCCUCAACAUGAACAUUCGCUCGAAGACUGUCAGUUCACCAGUUUCCAAGCAGCCCACUUCAACGGUGGCCGCCAAGCCGACGCUGCCCCAGAAAAAGAUCGAUCUGGGUGCGGCGGCUAACUUUGGAAAGCCAGCGCCUGGCGGUGCUGCUGGCAUCCACUCGCCCACGCACCGCGACACUCCCACCAGCGUGGAUCUGAUGGGCGGCGGCUCACCGUCGCCAUCCACUUCCAAGGCCAACAAUAAUACGCAAAGCAAUAAUAACGAUCUGCUGGACGAUCUGUUCAAGACUUGCUCGCCACCGCCAGCGCAGGAGCAAACACUGAACAGCGCCGCAGUGAUCGUGGACGACGACGAUGAUUUUAAUCCGCGGGCCAGCGAUGCUAGCCAGCAGGAGUUCGGAGACUUUGCCGCCGCUUUUGGUGGCAAUCCAGCUGGAUCGGCAAUCACCGAGCCACCUUCAACAGGCCUAGUUCCGGCUGCCAACGAUGAGUUUGCCGACUUUGCUGCAUUCCAAGGAUCGACGACUUCGAGCUCUGCUCUGGAUGGGAAUCUGCUAAAGACGGCCACGCCGGCAAACGAUUCUUUUGACCUCUUCAACGCUGCUCCUGCCACGACGGCAGCGGCCACCACGGCCACAGAUCUCCUGGCGGGCCUAGGCGAUCUGUCCAUACACCAAAGCAUGCCAAUGGCUGUCGAAGAGCAGAUGGCAACCGGUAACGAUUCGAUGUCGCCAUCUCCUCCUUCCCCGCCGUCGGAGGCAGUGCGUUUGGCUUUGGCCAAGGCGCAGAGGCAGCUGCGUGACUUGGGGCAGGUGCAGAGUGCUUCAGCUACCGCCCAAGUGGCAUCCGUUCUAAGGGAGUUGCUUCACUCGAACGCACUGCCCGGUUUUACCACUCCAGAGCAGUUGGUGGGCCUCGAUCGGCAGACGUGCGACUGGAGUUCGCUGGCCAAUGGAGAGUACGCCGCAUUGCUGAACCAAUUGGUGGAGCUGUUCAGCCAGGAUUGGCCUGAGCCGUCGCGGGAUGUGGAUGUUCUGAACCUUUUUAAACUCGAUCACAGCUUUGAUUACAUUCGGGUUGCCUUUGAAGCGCUUCAGGGGAAAUUGGAUAAGUUUCCCGCUACCAUCACAGCAUUUUUGGAAGAUCUACUCAAAGAUGACGGCCUACUUUCUAUCGCCUUGCUCCACAUCUCCCGACAGAGAGGAGCUUUGAUGCAGCGGUUUGCUCGGACUAUUAAAGUAAUGCCGGAAAGGCGUGUUGAGGAGCUGGAUGCCCAGGUGAAGGGGUUCUUUCAACUGCUCAUCGGACUGCCAGCCCAGGUGGCCAAUCGUUUGGGUCGUAAGCUGCCGGAAUUGUUCGCCCCUAUUCCUUAUCAGCAGCUCCUGCUGCGCCAGUGGCUGAAAUCCCUUCACUUUGUGCUGCAGUGCGAUUAUAGCGAGGAAUACUUUGAUCUGGAACCCUACUCCUGGCUUCUUUCCCAGCUUGUUAACCUAAUAUUCGAUGGUCAAACUUUAGAGAGUUUCCUGCAAGUGCUUAAGGACUAUGCGGUGCCCGUCAGAGGAAGAAAAUUAGUCCAUACCAUUAUGAAUAAACUUGAUCCUGCUGCUUGUCUUAAAACAGCCCAAUCGGCACUUACGGCAGAAUUGAAUCUUUACGUUCUUAUCGGUGCUUCCGCUUUGGAGACUCCCCAUUGGAAGCACUGUCUGCUCCAGAAGCUACCACUCCAGCGGACACCUGUAGAAAACAAGCAACUCAAGACUUUGGCGAGUUAUCUUAAUGUCGUAGCUCCUGCUCAACUGCAGAUGCUCUUUAACCAGUUGCUGGGAAUUUGGUCAAAGCGAAUCUCCUUGCAUAAACUGGGCAACCAAGAGCACUUGGCCAUAUCCAAAUUGAUCGUGUUGGCCGGAAAAUGUCUCUGCCGAAGUCUUGAAAUGGAUUUGGACACAAAGCGCCAACUGCAUGAUGGACUCAGCCAUCAUCUGCAAUCCCCAGAUGCGUUGCAGCGACAUGUGGGCAUGAAGACAGUGGAGCUACUCUUCAAUUUUAUGGCUCUGCCUGAUAUAAAGGAGGAUGAUCGUCUAAAAUUUGAUUACGACACAAUGAAGGAAACCCGGCAGUGGCACAUCUUUGAGGAGUUUGAUGAAUUGGCUCAGUAUGAAAGCCCCAGCAAGUCCAAACUAGAUGAAAAGCCAAGUUAUGAUUAUUUCAAUCUGUUGGAAUCACAUCUAAAGGCGUUUAUGAGUAGCCCAGAGGAAAAGGAGCAGGUUAAUCGCCAAAAAAUUGAAACCAAAGCAAAGCCACCUACCAGAACCGAAAAUAUUAACAUGCAGCUGGACUCGGAUGACGAUGAGCCACUGGAUGAAGACGACGAUGAUUUGAAGCCCUACGAUAUGUCCAAUGAUAUAACCAGCACCAUUGAGCAGCGCCCCAAAUUCGUCAUAGACCUGCUCCAACUACUCCGGACCAAGGUGGAGAAUUAUCAAGUGUUUGAGGGCGCUUUAGGCACCGCGGAGCAGCUCAUCCGUGGCCAGCUGGCCAGGCAUGACACUCAGUUGGCCUUAGAUCUAUUGCAGCUAUUCCUGGUCAUGGAAAUGCAGUUUUACUAUGAGCACUUCGAGCGUACACAAUUCAAGUGCUGUGUGGCAAUUUGUGUGUCUCAUCCUGGAGCAUGUGCCGAAUACUUGUGCCGCCAGUUCCACACGGAUAACACCUGCUAUGCAGCCAGUGUGCGCAUCCUGAUCCUGCAGGUGCUGGCAGCAGCUGCCAAGGAGCUUUCUGGCGAUGAGAAGCAGGAAGCUGAGAGUGAAGUCUUGGACAUUGUGCCACCAGCAGCCAAGCAGCCGCGCAAGUUUGAACUCCAGCAGGAGGAAGAAAGUCCAGCAGUUCGUCUGGCUGCUGCUCAACGAAUCAUACGGGAACGCUUGCGUGCCAAGACCAAGCGGUAUUUCAGCAAGCCGAAAUUUGGGGAUCGAAUUGAAAAGGCCAAUCCAUUUCACCCGGUGGCAGGGACUUUCUUCUUCAGUUUGGUCAGGGGCCAAAGGACACGCCAGAUGCUUUUCGUUAAGUAUGAUAACAUAUCCCACGACAUCGACACCCAAUUGCUGGUAAAUCUGCUGCACACCCUGUCCGUGAUAAUCAUGUGCUCCCAGAACUGUCCACUGCUGCCGGCAAUGACCCGCGAGAUCUUCGAUCUGUGCGCCUUUGUGCGCUUUAAUGCUGAGGCUCGUGUCAGAGCGGCCACUCUGCAGCUGAUUGGAAUCGCCCUGGUCACAACACCCGGACAUGUGCUGGCCCAACACUUUGCGGAGUCGCUGAAUGAGUUGCAGCGCUGGCUGGAGGACUUUAUACGAUCGCCGCUUGUCGGCGGGGAAACCUCUGAGGAGUGCCGGGAUCUGGCCCAAAGCAUCCUGGACACUUGCUACAAGCUCUUCGAUUCAGCAGCCAUGGAGCAGGCUGCCUAGCGAAUAAAUUUUCAACCAUUUUAAAGAAUGAAUAACUGUUGAAAACUUAAGAUAUUUUUACUAUAAAAACUGUAUUAAAAAUACACAAACCUAACCCUUUUCUAAAGAAUAGAAAACACAAUUUUAUGCCAAUUUAAAGGCAGCCAUAUAUAUGUAAAAAAUAGUUGCAGAUGGAAAUACCUGCAUUAUUAUUGGUUUAUUUAUGCUUUCUAAGAACUAUGUCAGUAAAACACCAUCGAUUAUAUCUUAGUUUUGCAAAGCUGUAAUUUUAUUUUCAUACCUAUUACCCAGUAACAAUCAUAAAGAAAGUAUUCGAAUCCAAACUCACAACCAUAAAACAUUUCCUUUAUAUUAUAAAAUAAUAAUAUUAGACUCCUAAGAGAGAUGUUAUUGCUAGCAAUAAGUUAUAUAGUUCAUGGAAUUAUGAUUAUGUAUUUCUCGCAGGUAUACAUAUACGGAUUUACUUCAUUUAAACUACUUUCUUUUGUUUAUUUGUUUUUUCUCCCACUGCAUAUUUGUAUUGCAAACCACACACACAUCGGAUCCAAUUUUGUUUCUCAAAUAUAUAUGUACUUAAUAAUGGUGAAAUAAAAAGCAUUUCUCAAUAUUCCGGGCAUUGUGCGGCCACCGCAGCCGCGGACUCAUUAGGUAAAAUAAACCGCAAUAAAACGGCAUUAAGCGCAAUAGCCAUAUAACAGAUACUAUCUAUUCUUUGACUAUGUAAUUGCACUUGAUUUGCUGCGCAAACGCUUCCGAGUAGUAACCACCUCAUUAGCCGAUCACCAAGUAGACGCAUUUGCAAUUCUAUCGAAGCCACACAUUCGAACUAGCUUUUUGUGAAACCAAACAAAGAAAUCGAAAGUCAAAAGCCCCGAAUAACA